AUGUUAUCGUCAAUGUCCAGGCUCCCUCUCUCCUGGGACAAGAGGGAGGCGUCAGCAAGAGAUGGAGAGUACCUGCUGGGGAUAAAGAGACUGAGAAGGCUGUACUGUAAUGUGGGCAUUGGCUUCCACAUUCAGGUCCUGCCAGACGGGAAGGUCACAGGCGUGCACAAUGAAAACAGAUACAGCCUUCUAGAAAUUUCCCCAGUGGAGCGAGGAGUGGUGACUUUGUUUGGAGUGAGAAGCGGCCUCUUCGUUGCCAUGAGCAACAAGGGGAAACUCUAUGGCUCGGGCCACUACAAUGAGGAAUGCAAGUUCAAGGAGAAUCUCCUGGCCAAUAACUAUAAUGCCUAUGAAUCGGCUGCCCACCCUGGCAUGUACAUUGGACUCAGCAAGACCGGCAAAACCAAGAGAGGCAACCGGGUCACACCGGCUAUGACCAUGACACACUUCCUUCCCAGGGUAUGA